UUUUAUUUUAUUUUAAUUUUCUGAAAAAGGAAGAACCUUCUCUCUCUCUGUUCUUCUCUCUAUUCUCAAAUCAAUUCACUACCAAGUUUUUCCAAUCCACCAUUCACCAUUUUCAUUCAUUCUAUCUAACCUUUUUUUGAAUCGGUUUUUAUUUUCCAGCAAAAUUUCAGAUUUUUCAGGGUUUUGGUUUUAAAGUGCUUCCAUUUAUUUGAAAUGGCUUCUUCUGCUCUCAUAUCUGACAUGGAGGCCUGGAAGGAAUUGAAGGCUCAUGUUGAGGACAUUAAGAAGACCCAUUUGCGUGAUUUGAUGAAUGAUGCUCAGCGGUGCCAGUCAAUGAUGGUCGAGUUUGAUGGGUUGCUGUUGGACUACUCUCGGCAGAAUGCCACACUUGCAACCAUUGAAAAGCUCUUCAAAUUAGCAGAGACAGCAAAUCUCAAACAGAAGAUUAAUCAAAUGUUUGGUGGGGAACAUAUAAAUAGCACAGAGAAUAGAUCGGUUCUCCAUGUUGCUCUUCGUGCUCCUAGAGACACUGUUAUUCAGAGUGAUGGGAAGAAUGUGGUCCCAGAUGUUUGGAAAGUUCUGGACAAGAUUCAGGAGUUUUCUGAGAGGGUCCGCAGUGGUUCCUGGGUUGGAGCUACUGGAUUGCCACUUAAAGAUGUUGUAGCUGUUGGUAUUGGUGGCAGCUUCUUAGGUCCUUUAUUUGUGCAUACCGCUCUUCAAACAGAUCCAGAGGCUAUGAACUCAGCAAGCGGUCGCCAACUGCGUUUUCUUGCAAAUGUUGAUCCAAUUGAUGUUGCUAGAAAUAUCACAGGGUUAAACCCUGAAACUACUCUUGUUGUGGUAGUUUCAAAAACUUUUACUACAGCAGAAACCAUGCUGAAUGCUCGAACUCUUAGGGAAUGGAUUUCAGCUGCUCUCGGGCCUUCUGCUGUUGCUAAGCAUAUGGUAGCAGUCAGCACAAAUCUUGCGCUUGUAGAAAAAUUUGGUAUUGAUCCUAACAAUGCUUUUGCAUUCUGGGACUGGGUUGGCGGACGAUAUAGUGUUUGCAGUGCCGUUGGGGUGUUGCCUUUGUCACUCCAGUAUGGUUUCCCGAUUGUUGAGAAGUUCUUAAAGGGGGCCGCCAGCAUUGACCAGCAUUUCUACUCGGCACCACAUGAGAAAAAUAUACCUGUGCUUUUAGGCUUGUUGAGCGUAUGGAAUGUUUCGUUUCUUGGAUAUCCUGCAAGAGCCAUCUUACCUUAUUCCCAAGCUCUUGAGAAGUUUGCCCCACACAUUCAACAGGUUAGCAUGGAAAGUAAUGGCAAGGGUGUAUCCAUUGACGGAGUUCCACUCCCUUUUGAGGCUGGUGAAAUUGACUUUGGUGAACCUGGAACAAAUGGUCAGCACAGUUUUUACCAACUGAUUCACCAGGGCCGUAUUAUUCCUUGUGAUUUUAUCGGUAUUGUGAAGAGUCAGCAGCCUGUCAACCUGAAAGGUGAAGUGGUGAGUAACCACGAUGAGCUAAUGUCCAACUUUUUUGCUCAGCCUGAUGCCCUUGCUUAUGGGAAGACCAUAGAGCAGUUGCAAAAGGAGAAUGUUGCAGAGCAUCUUAUUCCUCAUAAGACCUUCUCUGGAAAUAGGCCUUCUCUCAGCCUUCUUCUACCUUCAUUAACUGCUUACAAUGUUGGACAGUUGUUGGCUAUCUAUGAGCACAGAGUUGCCGUCCAAGGUUUCGUCUGGGGCAUCAACUCUUUUGACCAAUGGGGAGUUGAGUUAGGGAAGUCCCUAGCUACUCAAGUUCGAAAACAACUCCAUGCAUCUCGCACCAACGAUGAACCUGUACAGGGCUUCAACUUUAGUACCGCAACUUUACUAAAAAGAUAUCUGGAAAACUAAUUACAAACAAGACCCUUUUGUUUGUGCCAAACAAGCAAAUGUGGAGAGAAUGCUUUAGCAAGAAAACAACAAGAACUUUUGUUGUUAUUCUUCGAUCCUCGGUGAGUGUUGUUCAUUUCUUUUCUUACAAAACAAUCAAAGCACCGUCGCGUUGUGGUGCUUGAAUUGAAUUGCUUCCUUUUGUGUGUAAAGUCUUGCGAACAAGCUAUUUAAAGGCCAUGUAAAAUCAUCAAACAAUGUUUUUUUUUGUUCACAAUAUAUUUCUUUGUUACCUUAACU